GGCUUUCCUUUGUACUUGGGCGGCAUAUUGGAAAUAGUUUUUUUUUCUUUUACUUGGAAAUAGCAGCCACGACGAUGGCCUAUUGGGUUUUGACGACAUAUUUUCUUUUCAGAUAGCUUUUCAAAUAUGAAAGCGGACAAAAUGGUCCAGCUUUACUUUACAUUCAUCAUGAUUCCCGUCUUUCUCAUUUCCAGUUCUGUGACUGCUUCUAAAUCCGCCUGUACGACUCCCCUAUACUCGGGUGCCUUGCGCCUUUGUGUGCCUACUAGAGGGCUAAUAACAAACAACGUCCUUACCCGAGCCGCGAGGCGCAACACAAGUAUUUCUUGCUACGUAAAGUUUGCAGACUGACCCGGCCAUCUGCCACUUACGCAUAGCGUCCAUCCU